UAGUAGUGGUAGUAGUGGUAGUAGUGGUAGUAGUGGUAGUAGUGGUAGUAGUGGUAGUAGUGGUAGUAGUGGUAGUAGUGGUAGUAGUGGUAGUAGUGGUAGUAGUGGUAGUAGUGGUAGUAGUGGUAGUGGUCAUCGUGGUAAUAACUGA